UGAGCAUGCAUGGCUAAACCUAUCCGAAUCCCAAUCCGAAAAUCUCAGCUGUUUAGAGCAUCUUUCAAAAGCUGAGCUGACAAGUAUGAAUUUACUUUAUAUACAAGAUUUUAGCAGUUAAGUAAAAGUUUAUUGUGUCCAAGCCAUAACAGUUGUAAAAGGGAAGUUAAGAUCAUGUUGAGGGCCACUCCUCAGUAGAACUCAGCUAAAGGAAGUUCUGCUGUAUCUCUCUUAUUAGAAUACGUCAUAAUUCAAUCCUAAUGCACGUGCUUUUUGUAAUACAUGUGGACAUUUCUAAGAAUUCACCAAAGAAACCUUUGUACAGAUGGGGAUCUCUUAUAUGUGCCUUCCUGUAAUUGAUUUAUAGUAUGUUUAAUUUCAUUUUUAUUUGUUUCUAAUUUCAUUGCUUUUAAGGUUCAUUGUUAUAAAGCAUUGUGCCAGCUCAUCCACACAGUUUUUUAUUAACAUUAAUUUCCUUUUACCUUUUGAUUGUGAAAUGAGCUGUUGAACACUGGAUCAGUGUAAUUCAAGUGUUGUUAAUUUUUGAGCUGCUAAUUGCGCCAGCGUAGAAUAUGCAAGCGGUGUUGUCUUCCUUUGUUUCUGAAACAAUAAUCCACAGUCUCGUCAAGAGCUCUUUCCCCCCCGACUACACAGGAAAAGACAUUUUCAAUAGAUUGCAACUGAGAAUGAAAGUUUCUUUGAACCAUGAGGAGAACAACCAGACAAUACCCCAGCUCCAUUUCCCUCAGACAUGGUAUGUUAGUUAUGUGGACCAGCAUACCUGUGAAGAAGGUGAUAUCAUCGCUUCAGAUGCAAUUCUAUUUGAGAUCAUGAUGUUCAACCCUGAUGCGGCAGGGAAUCCACUGGAUCACUUUAGUGCAGAAGAAGCUGGUUUGCAAGGCUUCUAUUUUCUGCUCUUAUUGGCCUACUUUGUAGCUACUUGUAUAUAUGCUCAACCACUAUGGCAGACUAUGCAAAAAGGUGGCCCAAUGCACACAGUUUUAAAAGUUUUGUCUGUCGCAUUGCUGCUGCAGGCCGGUGCAGCAUUAUUUAACUACAUCCACUUGUCAAGAUAUGCACAGGAUGGUAUUGGGAUUCCUAUUAUGGGUAGUUUUGCAGAACUUUUUGACAUGGUUUCCCAGAUUCAGAUGCUAUACAUGCUGCUGAGUUUGUGCAUGGGCUGGACUCUUAGUAAAAAUCGCAAAUCCCAGAGCAAACCCCUGCAGUGGGACUCCACUCCAACAUCUACAGGAAUUGCUUUGGCAGCUGUAAUCACUCAGGGUAUUUUAUUACUUUGGGAGCAGUUUGAAGAUGCAGAUCACCACGGUUACCAUGCUCAUCGCAGUAUGGCAGGAUUGCUGCUAAUUGGUUUAAGAGUGAGCCUCUCCAUGUUGUUGGCUUCUACCCUUUACCAAAUCAUCACAGUCGAGAGAAGUUCACUUAAAAGGGACUUCUACAUAAGCUUUGCAAAGGGCUGCUUUUUGUGGUUCUUGUGCCACCCAACAAUUGUGGCUCUUUCUGUUGUGUUCAAUGAGUACCAGAGGGAAAAGAUCAUUACCAUUACUGUUAUCCUUUGCCAAUCUAUGUCUGUGGUAGUACUAUACAGACUCUUUCUUUCUCGCAGCCUCUACUGGGAGGUUUCAUCACUGUCAUCUGUUACUCUGCCACUAACCAUGGCCAGCGGGCACAAAAGUCGAUACUACUCAUAACAGUAAACAACAGAGGUUGAACAUACAACAGUAACCAGUAGCUUAUAAAGAGGAGCACUCCCUUCAUGUAGCCCUGAUGAUUGAGACUGUGCAAAAGCAGUGGUCACCAGUGUGAAAGUGGAAACAGACCAUGUGGUCGACUGAGCUUGUAAUACCAGAUCAGCUUCAAAAAACAAACGCACACAAAAUCUUUAUUUAUUUUUAUUUUUUUUUAAAUCAAGGAUCGCUAGGAAUCCCUACUUAUGGACUGGUAUAGAACACAAUUCUGUACGUUGUAAUUAAUUUCUUAAGAUCAUAGUUUUAUUGACCUUAAAUAUUCCACAUGUUAAAGGUGUCUAUCAAAUGAAAAUACACAGUGGGGUCCAAAAGGAUAUUAUAAUAUUUUAAUUAAAAUGUUUUUAUCUGUGUAAAUUUAUUAUUAGAUAUCCUACAUUACUCAAUGCUGUUAAACACUUAAUUCCUUGAAGCACCCCUCUUAACCCUUAUGACAGCCAGACAAGUGUUUUUACACUUUCAGUAAACUACGUGGUUAUAGCACUCACUACAGUGGCUCAUAGAAAUGAUGUAUCUAACGGGGGGUUGUUUCAGGACAUACAGUUGACAUAUAGAAAUAAACAGUUUGUCAAUAUCCCUGUUCUGCUGUGCACAGAGCUAUGCUGAAGGACUUUUAGGUGGACAAACCAAGUCAUGAUAAAUAAUUUUUCUUUAAACAAUCAACAGCCUAUGUCCUGAUGAGAAGGUUGGAAUGUGGGAUCACUCAUAACAGAAUCUGUACAAAUCUCACUUCACACAGUCUGUCUCAGUGAAAGGAUGCAAAAGUAAUGACUGAUGACCUUUGUUGGCUCCAAGAAAUGGUUAAUAAGAUAGACGUGACCUGUAUGUCUGUAGUGCCAGAGCACAGACAUCUUUUGGGAAACUGUGCUUGUCUGAAGGAUGCUGGAGUAAAAUAGGCAACAAAUGUCCCACCCCCUAAGCGCUAUAAACCUUUUACAGUGCUGUUUUAAUCAACUGAACUGACCAUCAAUGCUUUCACAAAACGGCAUUUGUUUCAUUGAUGGUUCUUUUCAAUUUCUUGAAAUUGAAGCCCAUGUGUUUCUUAUUCUUCAUUUAAGGAUAAGCUCUGUCAAAGCUUAUAAUCAUCCUUAAAAUGUUCCCCUUAACCUUAGCAAGAAACCAUGAACUGUAGAAGAAAAAGACUACAGUUGUUUUCUUUGGUACUAGAUAUUGUAGGACUCAAGGGAAACAUUUCAAAGUAUCAAAUAGAGUUUAGGAUUUGGCAUAAAAGCGAAUGGUCUGUAUUUGUAAUGCUCUGUGGUUUGUUUGUUUUUAAAAUCUGACUUAUAUAUUAAAUAUACUUGAAUGCAAUGACAGAACUUUUUUUCCCCCAGAUCAAGCUCAUAAGACUGUAUUUGGUCUGUUACAUUUGUUGUGUACAAUAUUUGUUAUUUUCAGAAGUGCCUAUGUAUGUAAGGAAUAUGCGGACAAUCAAAUAUUUCAGGCUGGCCAAUAGCAAGGGUCUUUAAGUUUAUCGAAUAACAUGACAAUUAUCGUGUAUGAAUUUAUCAUUUAUUUCAGGUUUACGUUUGUAAAGUGAUUACAUGCCACAACCAUGCAUUUCAAAAUAUGUAAUAUGUACUAUUAUGAUUUUAUUUAUUGUUGCACAUUUUUUUAAACAAAUGAGGGUCAAGUUUUAGAGCUUUUAAAAAAAACCUGCAUGAUUCUAGUUGUAUGGCUAUAAGUGCACUGCAUUAAAUGUGUGUGAUGUAAAUAAAUUACAAACCUGGCUA